AUGGAGCCUUCAAAUACAGAAGUGACAAUGCCAAUCGAAUCAUCUUCAACAAUGCCAGUGCCUAUAUCAAAUUCAUUUCAAACCGAAAUUAAAGUUGAACAUGUGAAACAUACAUGGACGGUAAAGAAUUUUUCAUAUUGUUAUCAAGAAUAUUUGGAAAAUUUUAUACAUUUACAUCGUGGAGAGGAUACGUUGACAUGGUCUAUUAAAAUAUAUCCAAAAGGUAACGGUGAAAAUAACAAGGAUUUUGUAUUUCUUUGCCUCAAUAGAGUUGUAAAUAGCGCAAAUGCAUCAUGUAAAAGUGGAAAAAUCGGAUUUACAUCACGCUUCAUUUUACGGACAAGUGAAAUGAAAGAAAUUGAAAUGCGCAUUCAUCCGAAUCCAUCACAUUCAGAUUAUGUCUCUUAUAUUAAGCGAGAUGUGCUUUUUCCACAGAUUCAUCCAAGUGAUUCAAUAAUCGUUAAUGUUGAAAUUGAUGUCGCAGUGGAAACGAUUACAACAAUCGUGGAAGAUCUUCUAACUGUAGCGAAUUGUGAACAGCAAUUAAUGGAUGAUUAUUUGAAAAUGUUAAAAGAAAGUGUAUUAACCGAUUUCUUAAUAAAAAUUGGAGACCAUGAAAUACGAACGCAUCGAGCUAUUCUUGCUGCUCGUUCUCCUGUUUUCUUUGCUAUGCUUAAACAUGAAGACACAAAUGAAGUAAAGACGGGAAUGGUGGUUAUUGAGGAUAUUGAAUACGAGACAUUCUUGGAAUUGCUUAAUUUUAUUUAUUGUGGUCGAUGCUCAAAAGACGUUACUGAAUUUUCAUUCGCUUCCGAUUUAUUAAUUGCAGCUGAUAAAUAUCGGCUUGAUGAACUAAAAAAUUAUUGUGAAAAAGCUUUAAUUCAGGCCAUAACGUUUGACAAUGUGUGUGACUUACUUAUCAUAUCCGACAUUUAUAAUGCACCGCGAUUAAGGAAACGCACCCUUAGUUAUAUUAUUCAGCAUCCAAAAGAAAUUACAUCUACUUCCAGUUGGGCAGCACUUAUCAAAGAUCAUCAUGCACUUGUCACUGAUAUUGUUCGACAUUUUGAUAAAUCAGGUUUUGCAUAA